UUGUUGGGUUUUCGGUGGGAAGCGACCUGUCUCUCGCGGCCCCGACCGCAGCUCUCCCUCCGGUGUCGUUCAGCAGCGAGGGAGGGGCUUUCCCGAGGCGAAUGGGGUGACUUGAUCGUGGAUUUCUUUCCAAGUCUCGGCGCGGGGCUAUUUCCCCCGCACCCCCCACUCGCCCCUUCCCUAACCAUCACCUUUUUUGUCCCUUGCUUGCGAUGGUUCCCCAACUUGGUGGUGGAUGCUUGGCUUGCGCCGGCCUUUUCUACAACCUGUUGUUGUUGUUGCUUGCGUGAGCGCCGAGUCCAAUCGCGGGACACGGGCGUUUGAACGAAAGUAAACAAAAAGGGUUGGGGAAAAAGAAAGACCAAAUGGCAAAACAACCUUCUGAUUUAAAUUCUGAAUGUGAGAGAGAAGGUGAACAAUUGCAGCCUGCUGAAAGGCCAGCUCAGCCUCAUCACCUUCGGCCUGGGGCCCCUACCUCCUUACAAACUGAAUAUCAAGGUAAUCAUUUGGGUGAACGGGACAGUUCAUCACCCGGUAGCCCUCAGGGACCACUGGCACCACCCUCCAGUCCCAGUCCAUUUGCUACCAGAUCCCCGUUGUUCAUGUUUGUAAGAAGAUCCCCACUGCUGUCCAGAUCCUCCAGUGGGUAUUUCUCUUUUGACAUCGACAGGAGUCCUGCACCUAUGAAUUGUGACAAAGCAACACAGACUCCAAGUCCUCCGUGUCAAGCUAUCAAUCAUUAUCUAAGCGCAAUGGGUAAGCAAGAGCAUGCUUCCAGAUGGCAGUCACGGCCAAUACCUGAGGAUAUGCAGCCAGAAAUAUGGAUUGCACAGGAAUUACGGCGCAUUGGAGAUGAAUUUAAUGCUUCCUACUGUCCAAGAAGGGUAACUUUCAACAUUUUUAUGCUUCUAAAUUUUUUUGCUUAUUCCAGUGACGUAGCUCUACUUAAACAAAGGAAGGGGAAAGCAAAUGUUAUGGUUUAUUGGAUUACCAGGGAGUAAAUCAUCAGAUCAUAAUUUUGCGCCUUUUGCAUUACAUCGUCCGCUUCAUAUGGAGAAUGCAGUGACUAGUGCUUCAAGAGGCCAUGACGAUUGUUUACUUGGUUCUAGCAACAAAGCCCACGAACAAUCUCUCUGGAUGCAGCUAAUAGCCAUUCCUGACUUUGGGACAUCCAGCAAAUUAAAGGAGCAAGAGGACUCCAUAUUAGAGAAUUAACAAAUUGUGAUGGACUUUUGGAAAUGGGUCAACAUUUUUAGAAACAAUAGAGCUGACACCAUUUUUUGUUGAUGAAACUUUUUUAAAAAAAAAACUGCUAUAUAAAGCUUUUAAGAAAAGUAAUUGAAUCAUGUAUUCACAUUAGGAAAUAUGUAGGCUGCUCCUCUACCUUACAACGGAAUUGACUGAGCCAGCUACUUUUGUAAAGCUGCCUUAGUUUUUAUAUUAAAGACAUAUUGUACAGCUUUUUAAAGAACAAAUCUUCCCAAGUAGUGAGAGGCCAGACUUUGGUAUUAGGUCCUCCAUUCAUUCCAGAUGACUUCCACGCAGAAGAGCUCAUGAUCAUUAAAUGAAGUUGGUGGAGACAAGAUGGAAAGAUUGGAAUUGAUACUUCCGGUUAUUCCUCCCUAAAUUUCUGCCAUAAAAGUCAGCUGCCUUUGUGCGUCUACAACAGAAGGAAUUUACAUAGAACAUGUACCUGUCUGCUGUGCAAGAACCAGAUUGGAUCUUUCUUUGUGUAGAGCUUCUGCCUCUUGCAGUCCAGAGGAAGAAAUAUUGAAGUUGCUUUGAAAGUUGAAAUUAAACUGUGAAAGUUUAAAUGGUCCAAAUAAUUACACCAGGUUGCCUUUUAUAAUUUUCUUCCUAUGUUAUUUGUAUAUAUUCUAUAGCAUAAACUGAUGUGGGGAGGGAGGGGGGCAAUGUAGCAAUAAGUUUUUGCAUGUGGGUGAAAGCAGUUCCUACACCUGUGCAAUAUUGCCCCACGUUUUUAGAACAGGGUCCUACUGCAUGAUUUCUGGCACUGUUUUGAUCCUCAUUAUGGUAUUUUACUGUUGUUUAAAUCCAGUUUGGGUGUCUGUAGUUUUUUUUAGACAAGCACUCUGGAUUUAGUUAUUGCUGCAUUUAUUCUUAAAAUAAAUUAUCUGGAGGGAUGAGUUAGUAACCAUAAUGUGGAAUGUACAAGGACUACUGACUCAAUGGGUGGAUUUGGGGUCGAUAGCAGCACAGUAUUCAAAUUGAUUCUGAGGGUAAAAAUUUCAAGAGAGAUGGAAACAAGUUUUUUUUCUUUAGUUUUAACAGGAGAAUUUCUGAAACCUUCUCCCCACCCUCCACCCCCAAGUGCAGCCUCCAUAGCCUCAUGUGAGAAAGUAGCUGCUUUUACCUACUAUGUUGGUGAGGACUACUUACAGUUUACUUAGAAGAAGAAAAAAUCUUGAACUGAGGGUAAUUAAUUCCAAAAAGCUGAAUUGUGCAACCUAAAUAAUCAAAGCGAAUUGUUUCUCUGAGCCAGAGAUAGUAGUAAAAAUAAUGAUUCCCUAACUGUAGACUGAAGGUCUGUCAUAUGCCAUGGGAGAGACUGUGUGUCUGCAAAAAGACUUGCCAUAUUUGAUGUCACUUCGUCCCCUUUGUGUGCCUAGAGAUGGAAACAAAUACCCUUCUCAGGAUAAGGGUUCUCUCAUAAAGUUCCUGGUUUGGGUUCUCUUGCAUUUGCCAGGUACAGAAGCCUUCAUGAACAUAGGAAGCUGCCUCAUUUUGAAUCAGAGUACUGGUCUGUUUAGGUUAGUGGUUAUUGGCAGGGUCUUUGCCAGCCCUUCUCAGAGAUGUACAACACAGACACACACACACACACACACACACACACACACACACACACACCACACACACACACACACGCUGUGUAUGCUGGACUACUUACUGAUUUACCAUUCUGUCUCAAAGCCUGAGCAUGAUGGCAGCAGGUCCAGUUCACUGUGGCAUUUUCUCUAGUUGAAAGGAAGAUACCUCUUUGUUACUUUAGGCACUGAUUGGAAACCUAAGUAUUUAUGAACUGGACCCAGUAAAGACAACACACUCAGUGCUCCAGAGAGCAACCCUUGAAAUAAUUUAAAAGUUUAAACAGACCAUUAAGGGGCCUAAUGAAAAUCUUUAGCUUUGCUUGCCUUUAAUGUUUAUGGGAGAGAUGAUCAAACAAUUCUAGUUUUUUUUAAUUGGAGGGAAGUCAGUUGCUUCCAAAAGGAUUAAAAUUUUGCUUUAAAAUGAGAAAGUUCAGAAUAUUGAACUUAUAAAAUUAGUAAAUUAUGACAUGCACAUUAAGCUUAAUCUUGAAUGAAAAUGAAUCAAAAUAUAGCAAGUAAAUUUCUAAUGUACAAUGGUGGUUAGCAGAUGUGCAUGCCUGACUUGUUUUAAAAAGGCUUUUGCUUCUGAGAAAUCUUUUGUGACUCAUCAUAGUUUAUUAAAUAUAAAAUGUUUAAAAUGUUAUAGGUUAUAGUAAAAUGUAAAAUAAUAGAUAUAGCUUGGGAAAACUCAAAACUGAAAGCAACAGUGAUUUAAUAAAAAUUAAAUGAGCAGUAAAGUUGUGCUGCACCACAUUAUGGUCAGGUAAUUCAUAUGUCAUUUUUAAUUGGCCAUGUGAGGCAACUGAAAGUGAGUAUAACAGAUUGUGUCCCUUUUUCUCUUUGCCAUAUAAUUUUAUCUGGUCCUUGAUUAGCUAUAUAGACUGGUACAGACUAUAAACAUGAUUCCAAAUACUGUGCCCCUUCUGGUUUCACCAGCACCACUGAAAAUGUGUAACUAACCUUCAAAAAGUUGCAGGCUUUGACUUCUCUUGAAGCCAUCUAAAAUGCAUUUGUAGAAUCUAGACUAUGAUUCUCUGUAUUAUCAACACCACUUCUGUGUGAUUUCUCUGUAUUGUUCCAUAAAUGUUCAAUUCUUAUGCCUGUCCGUAAUAUGUGGAAUGUUAGUCCACCUAGUGGAGAUUCACCUAUUCCCUGUAUGUAUUAUUUUAACCCAUUGUUUCAGAGAUCUAGUGAAUUUUAAAACACACACCAAGAACUCCCAACAAGCAAAAUGUUUCACAUGCUGGUGAAAGUUGUCCACAGAACUGCCUGGUAGUGGAGACUUAAAGACCGAAAGCAGUGAAAGUGCUAACCAUCUUUUGGAAAUGAGGAUGUUAAGAGUGUAUUAUGUUAAAGUUCCUUACCCAUCUCAACAGGCAAAUGUCUUACUAAAAUGACAGGGUUGAUUAGCUGGUGCUGUGUGCAUUGCUCUCACUUUUAAGAACAAUCUCAACAACUUUGUGCCAUCUUCUUUAGUCCCAUCUUUUAUAGUGCUGUGCAGCACUUCAGAUUCAAUUUCAAAAAAUGCUUGAGAAUGCACAGGGGAGAGGAAUAUUGCCCUUGACUGCAACUCCUUAAAGCAGCUGUUGCCUGUAUCAUGUGACAGGUGUGAGAUUUAUUGAAAAAGAUGCAGAUGCCUUCAGAAGUGCUAAGGUGCAUUCUCCCAUGUGUUCUGUAGCACAUUUUUAGGAAGAAAGCCAUGUUAGUCUAUGGUAACGAAAACUCGGAAGAGCUCCAGUAGAAACAUCUGAAUAUCACGUUAUUAAAAGACAUUGACUUUCGUGAGCUGCAGUUACUUAAUCUGAUGCAUCAGUGACUAGAUUGAUACAGGAUUUAAAUUAGAGUGAGGUGGUGAGAAGAGAGGGGAAAAAACAGGUUAUGCUGAAACUCUCUUAUCUCAUAGGUAACCUGUGCACCUGAUGAAGUGACCUGUAACUCAGAAGAUUAGGACUUUUAAUAUAAUGUGUUAGCCAGAAAAGGUGCUAUUGGAGGCCUUCUGAUUUUUUGAAGCACCAUUUGGAAUUGUAUUUGAAGCACUGCUGACAUCCAGCUAUAGGCACACAUGGUGUUGCUUUACAUGCUUCGCUUUUGCUGAAUCAAGCAUUUCUUUGGUAACUCUACAGGAGGGAGAUUCCUUGUUUGAUAAUGUUGGUCCAUAACUUUCCUAAUUUGAUUUGUUAUUUUAAUUUCAAAAUAGAAAUGACAAUGCUGUUAAUAGGAAUUUGAUCUGUAUAUUUGCAUGUUGCUUGCAAAAUCUGCUUUAUUGGAAGAGGAAAGGAAAUGGAUUUAACAGCUAGCAUUAUGCUGCUCAGAUUGAUACUGUGCAAAAUGCCAGAAAUUCUUUCUGUUCCAAUUACAGUGAUGCUGAUAUACAACAUUAGACACUUUUUGAUUAAGAGUUUGCUAUUAUUCAGUGUGUCAUAAGAUCCUGUAUUUGAAUUUGACCAUAUUUUAAAUGGAAAUAAUUACCAGAAGUAUCUUUUAGCACAAAACUGGCUUAUGUUGGUUCCCAACAUGGACCCAGGAUAAUGUGCCUAGACUUCAUCUUUCUUUACUCACCAAAGCAUGAAUGAAACUUUGCUCCUGCUUCUGUUCCUGGAGCACUCCAGUGUUAAAAUUAAAUCCUUCUGUAGACUGGGAACUUGGGAGUUCCAUGCAUGCACCUUAUGUUGGAAGACUCCUUUGUUCCUUACAUGGAUUGGAGCAAAUGCUGCUCCUUAGGAUACCCUAAUUUGAGCAGUGGCUUUCUCUUAGGGAUGAGUAUGUGGAAAUAAGGAGCUGCUAUACAAAGGGGGGCUUUGAAAAGCCCAGUGCAUGAGCAGUGGCGUCUGUGCUGCCUUUUUGCAUCCCUUGUCCUCCCCUCUCCCCCCAAUUUCUUUAAAGGCUUGGCUGGCCCAGUGCCUUGAGAUGUGUACACAUCCAUAUGUGUUAACUGAUAGCAUGGACGCGCAAUGAGCUUGCUGCCAUGGCUUUAGGCGAGCAUUAUAAGCCGAAUACAUAUUUUAAAAAUUCUGUGAAUUAUAACAUAAACAGUAAAUGACACGAUAUUGGCACUGUGUGGCCCAAACCCAAGCUUUCUUUUUUCCGCAGACAUUUAUCUAUAUAGAUACCUAUAUCUAAAAACUAAAUCAAAUAAUACCCAUUUGGUUUUCCAGUUCACUGCAGGUUUUGUGCCUUGACAACCCCACUGUGAACUUAGUAAGACUUGUGGGUUUUUAAAAUCUUGAUGUAAUUUAACAUAUAUAACCUUUUUGUCUAUUAGAGGAUUUAAAAAAUAAAAUAAAAUCCCCUUUUAAAUAGUCCUGCCAAAACAUUUUUAUGAAGAAUUUCCUUUGGUUGUGGAGAAACCAGAUAUAAAUUUCUUCCCAGAGAAUUACUAAGACUUUCAAUGCUUUUAUUUUAUUUCAAUGAUUGUAAAUAUUUGAAUAUUUAUUAGAUUAGAGCAGUUCUUCUCAUCUGAGCCAAAUGUUACCUGUGUGCAAUGUUUCCUCUUUUCUUACUAUUUCAUGUAAGAUUUUUUUUGUAUAGCAGCAGAAAUUUCUCUAAACUUCUUUUUGUAAAAUUGAACUUGUUAAAUACUGUAGGUUCCCCUUUUCUUUGUAAUUAAUGCACUCUACUGUUUCAUAAUGCUGUAACUUGUAGAAAUGUUGUAUAUUUAUUUUCUGCUUAUUUAAGUUCUUGUAAAGUCUUUUUUUUCUUUAAAAUUUACUUAGCAUAUAUGAAAAUAGUGAUUGAUCAGUUUAGAGCACUGUCUACUAGUUUGAGAUACUUGGCGCUAUUUUAGAUAUUAACCCCCUUAUUUUCUCUCAUUGCUCUUGCUUCCUUCUCUGUCUUGUUACAGCGUUUAAGUAUAAAGUGCAAGCAGAGAGUACAAUUCCAUUGUGUCAUUAGGAAAGCCCCAUACUCAAGGUUUGAAACAUUUGUAUACGUUCUUGUGGGGACUGAUGGUAGUUUUCAAAGAAUUUUUACUAAAGCAGCAAGCAGUGAAUUAGCCUUCAAAAAUGAUAGACAUGAUCCAAGGACUUGCAUGGGCACGUUGUGUUCAGUCAGAAUUCAGAUGACCCCAGCAACUUGCCACAAAAAUCAAUGUUUCUGGAAAAUUCAUGAAAUAUCAGAUGACAACCUUGUUGGUGCUUCCUGUUUCUUUCUUGAAUUGUGCUAAUAUUAAGGGCUGUUAAUACUGCAUCCCUUGACCUCAGUUUAUGUAGCACAGGAUAUGGCUGUUACCUCAUGAUCAAGAAGUACCUACAAUUUAUUCAAGAACUUAAAUUUUGAGUAGAGUGAAAUUUUGCACCACUAGUUAUUGUAUGACAGACCUCGUCAUCAGGUACAAACAUCAACGUAGCACUGAUCUUGUACUGAUUAAUCACUAAUUUGUUUAAUAGAACCCAGCAUAUGUAGCAUUUUUAUUGCAGUUUCCCUGGCUUACUUGUGUUUUGCACUGAUGAAAAUUUGACAGGGUAAUUGCCACUUUACUUGUGCAAUACUGCUGUAAAUAACUGCAGAUCUUUUUUUAAGAUGCAAUCCUUUAUGUUCUUAAUAAUUUUAUAUGAAUAAAACUUUUCAACUACUA